AUGGAUUCAUUCUUCAACAAGGGCGGUUUCAAAGCUACCAAAUGCAAAACCCUACUGAAAUUGACAAUUCCGCGCAUAAAACUGCUGAGGAACAGGAGAGAGAUUCAGAUAAAGCAGAUGCGUCGAGAAAUUGCCAAGCUCCUUGAGACUGGGCAAGAAGCCACAGCUCGCAUUCGGGUAGAGCAUAUCAUAAGAGAGGAGAAAAUGAUGGCAGCCCAAGAGAUCAUUGAGCUGUUCUGUGAGCUUAUUGUGGUCCGCCUUCCAAUUAUUGAAGCACAAAGAGAAUGUCCUCUGGACCUGAAAGAAGCAAUUUCUAGUGUGUGUUUUGCCGCACCAAGAUGCGCAGAUCUACUCGAGUUGCUGCAGGCUCAAAUGCUCUUUGCUGGUAAAUAUGGGAAGGAAUUCGUAUCAGCUGCAACUGAGCUCAUGCCAGAAUGUGGUGUCAACCGCCAGUUGAUAGAGCUACUAUCAAUUCGUGCUCCUGCUCCUGAUGUGAAACUGAAGCUGCUAAAAGAAAUUGCAGAACAGCAUGAGUUAGAUUGGGAUCCGUCCACCUCUGAAACUGAAUUAUUGAAGCUACAUGAGGACUUGCUGAAUGGGCCAAUACAAUUUGUCAGUGGGUCUAAGCUGCCCCUUCCCAAAGAAAAACAUGAAGAGCCACUGUACUCUGCUUCAGAAGAAGUCUCCACACCAGAAAUGCUCCCUUUCCCACCCUCUGCACUAUCUGACCUCAAUGAGGCAUUGGAAAAACCUUUUGGAGCUAAUGAAAAUGUGGCACAUGAACUGAACUUGGAGCCUGAGGAAGUGUUACGGCAGAAAUCAGUGAUCAAAGAAUGUGAAUCACCCAAUGUCUCUGUUAGUCCAAAGGAAGAUAAACAGUUUGUGCCGUUUAUCUCUCCCCCAUUAGUACCUUCUGCAUCAUUUCCUAUGAAACAAAGCAAUCCAGCUUCCUCUCUUUCAAGGACCAAAAGUGAGGCCAAUGUCGAUUUGCAGGAUGUUUUGGCUGCUGCUCAGGCUGCUGCUGAAUCUGCUGAACGUGCUGCAGCAGCUGCUCGCACUGCAGCUAGCCUUGCUGAGGUUAGAAUUAGUGAACUCAUCAGGAAAAAGACUGAUGAAGUUUCUGAUGAUAGUGGAUUGAACCCUUUUCAUGUGGAUUCUUGCCAGUCAGACAAGCUAGAUAAGCCUCAUCUAGAUCAUCAAAACUCUUUAAAUGAUUCUGAUAGUGUUUCAAAUUCUUUGAGCACAUCUCAAUAUCAUGGCAAUAACCUGGAGAUACAAGGAUCAAAUCUUCCUUCAUAUAAUGGUUCCAAAGUGGAAGUUGACUCCUCCAAUACCAACAAAAGUGUUUUAGGACAGGAGACGGCCAGUCACCAGCCUCAGAGGUUGCCUUCGAUGGAUGAUGAAACAUACUUCUCAUAUCCGAACUUGUUUACAUCACAGGGCUCAAAUCUCGGAUCUGCUACCCAGUAA